AAGAACAGGAAAAGCACAAAACCCAAACAGAGUCCAGCAGCUGCAAUACACAAAGGACAACCAGAAGUAAGACUGGGAAUACCAAAAGGAGGCUUUUCCCUUGGAAGUAAGAAAGGAAGAGCUCCAGCACAGAAGCUUUGCUGCAGAGGCCAUGGGCUGCUGGAAGCAAGAGAAAACCAGCGCCUGGUUUUUUCCCACCCUGAUCCUCUGCCUCUAUGGAUUCUUCUACAUGAUGAAACCAUCAGAACCUUUCCUAACACCCUAUCUAACAGGACCAGAUAAAAACCUGACCACAGAUGAGGUUACCAACCAGAUUUUUCCAGUCUGGACAUACUCCUACCUGGCUCUCCUUUUCCCAGUGUUCCUGCUCACAGACUACGUGCGCUACAAGCCCGUCCUCCUCCUGCAGGGCCUCAGCCUCAUCGUCACGUCUGCUGGGCGUGCUGCUGCAGCUGGGCAGGGACCUGAGGCGCUGCUACGGCUCCCGCAAGCUCCUCUGCUGGUCCCUGUGGUGGGCUCUGGCCACGGCCGGCUUCAACCAGGUGGUGAAUUAUGUCCAGGUGCUGUGGGACUUGCGAGCCCCCUCGCACAGCUCCGCAGUGUACAACGGAGCUGUGGAAGCCAUAGCAACGUUUCUGAGCUCAGUAACAUCUUUCCUGGUACAAUAUAUGCAGAUUAACUGGGACCAUUUUGGAGAACUGGCUUUAGGGAUCUUCUCUGCAAUAGAUGCAGGUUGUCUGUUUCUCAUGCAUUUCUCUACCAGCAUCUGGGCAUGUUAUGCUGGAUAUCUCAUUUUCAAGGCAUGCUAUGUGCUCCUCCUGACAAUAGCAACGUUCCAGAUCGCCAUCAAUCUGAGCAUGGAGCGCUAUGCCCUGAUGUUUGGAUUCAACAACUUCAUUGCCCUGCUCAUCCAGACCAUUCUCACAAUAGUUGUUGUAGAUUCAAGAGGCCUGGGACUGGACAUAGUGACUCAAUUUUUAAUUUAUGGCAGCUACUUCACAGUCAUACAUGGGAUUUUCAUGAUCAGAAGCAUUUGUGUGCUGGUCUCACACAAAUGCCAAAGGAAAAUAGUGAGAUCUUGCACAGAGCAGCUGAACCAGGCUGAGCACGAGUCAAGAGAGCAGAUUGUCACAAGCUACAUGACACGGCUGUAGGAGGCAGGCAGGCUGGAGAAGGGCUUCUCCUGGGAGAAGGGCUCCCAGCAGGGAAGAAGAGCAGCAUGCAGGGAACAGCAGUGCAAGAAGAACGUUCAACUGAGCCCUGAAAAGCUACGCUGAAUCAUUCCAGCACUUCAGCACAACAUAUGCCAGCAGAGAGCUCACCAGAAUGGCACUGUGCCAAGAAUACAAGAUAAGUUUCUUUAGAUUCUUAUUUACAUGUAUAUAAAUAGCUUAAGGGCAGUAAGUUAUACACAGAAUCAGAGCAACCACCUUUGCCUCCCCCCAUGUACGAUGGCAGAGAGCAGAGUUCACCCUGCCUUGCUCACUGUAGCUCCUGAAUGUGGUGCUGGCAAAGCUGCUUCUGUCACAUUUGCUGAUGCAGUGGCUGAGGGUGUGACUCCCCUUUGCACAGACCUUGUUCUGAACCAAGGAAGAAAAGAUCAUGUUUGCAUCAUUCUAUUCUUUCAUACCCACUACAGGCAGAUGGGGGACAGGCUCCUCCUGUCUCACCCACAGCUCAGUGCACACAGGCUGCAAAAAGCUGGGCUUGCACAACCUGUCCUGGGAGCUUCACUGCAGCACUGCAACAUCACAGUUAUUGCUUGGCCCACAUUUGAGAGCUACAAACACUGUGCUGACUUCACAGCAACCUCUGCCGAGAAGAGAAUAACUCCAGAGUCCAAGCAAAAGGCAAGAGCACCUUUGUGCUUCCAGUAAAAUUAAACUCAGGACUGGCUAUCUUCCUCUUUCAGCAGGAAAAAAAUAAUAUGAAAAGGCUUAAGUAGCACAGAUUAAAACCAGAGAAGGACAUUGUGGAGAAAUUUAGCUGAUUCCAUAGAGGAAAAUUCCAGAUUAACAGGAAUAUCCAAGAUUUAUAACUGACACAAACAGUGAGCAUCAUGUGUGUUUUUGAGUGCCAAGUGAGGGAGGUCCACUGAUCUUGGCCAAGAAUUUGGCAGGAUUAGCCAAACUCAUGUCAAGAAGCUCCAAGUCCUACAGCUAAUUUUGUCCAAAGGACAGUCCAGGAGAAGAAAAAAGACACUAGAAAUGAGUUUGCAUAGUGAAUGUCUAAUUUAGUAUGAACCAUAUCCAUAUGCUGAAGUUAUUUCUGUGCUGCUGUUUGCUUCUAGCUUCCAAUAUCUACAUCUAACUAAUAAAAACCACUUAGCAUUUACAGAAUAUUUUUCCUGUAGAGACACAAGCCAUCAUUUGUACAGAAAUACCAGCUUUUCAUACCACUGUCACACACUGCAACACAGACAAAGUGCCCAGAGGCAAGGACAGGACCGAAGCAAUUUGUUUCAAGUCACAAGAAGAAUCAGUAGGAUCUGACAAAAUGAACCUGGCUAAUUUUUUAGGCCUUUUGUUUACUGCUGUGCAUUGUGGGGACAUUGUCUGUUUUAAAAUGGCUCUAAGCAGAACAGUUUAAUCAUUACAGUCAUAAAAAUAGGAGAUGCACUUAGUCUCCAGUGGCAGUUCAUUUCUUACUGCAGAACUGAGGGCAUGAUGCUCCUGCCUGAAGAAACAAGGACAGAAUCCAGGAGAGUAAGGACUAUUUUUCUCUUCUCCCUUGUGAGUAGAAAUCUUCUUUUGAGGCAUUCAGUUUAGAACUAGAUGUCAGUCCCAGACUAGAAGUUAACAAGAGCUUGUGUUUAAAUCAAAAAGAGGAACUUCAUAUUUUCAGUUCCAUUCUUAUGUUCUGGCUAGAGCUAACUGCUCUCUGUGUCUGUAGGAUGCCACUGAGGAGCAAAGGACCGAGCAGACACAGUGUAUUUGGCUUGCAGCUUUAGAGAAAACCAUCUUCAGAAAACAGAUAAGACUUCAAAGAAAAAAUCCAUUCCUAUUCUCUCUAAUCUCCAAAAUAAUGAUUCUGAUCUUGGAAGCUGGCAGGAAGCAUUAUGGGGAAAAUAGGGGAGGAAGAAGGCAGCUCUCAGGAGUGUUAGGAGAAGAAAGACAAAUCCUUAUGUUAUCCUGGGUUUUCAGCUGCAGAUCAGAACUCAGCCAGCAGUCAGAGGUUUCUAAAAGAGUAAGAUGUACACUUGCACCUGUGUGUUUGUGUACCUGCACACACACACUAUGGAGAGGAGAUAGCUCUCCUCUUGGUAGGUUACAAGGAAGGCUGGAACCCCAGGCUGUCUAGUUCUGUAGAAAAAGGAAAUUCUCAACAUCCACCUCUCCUAGCAACUUUUAGUACUGCUUGUCUUUCUUCCAGCAUGUUAAAGGUUUCCAGGCAAACAUGGAACUCCAGAGCUGGUCACAUUCCUCCCCAUAGCUGCAACCCCCUUCUAAAUAUACCACUAAUUACCUUUGAAACUUUAGUGGCUUUGGGCACAAAUCUUCCGUGAAGAUACAGCCCAACAAGCUGGUAAGGCCAGUUUGAGCAAACAAGGAACAAAUGUGUGUUUGUGUUCAAAACAUGCAGGUACUGCCCAAGCAGUGUGGGCUACCAGAGAAACAGGAGCCAGCAGCCCUUUCAGCCCCUGCCCAGCAGCCCCUUCCCUUCCCAAGGUCCUUUCCCUGCCUCAAAGCCCUUGGCCAGGGAGGAAGAUGAAGGGCAAGGGCAGGUCCAGCUCUCCUGAGCAUUUCCUGCCUGCUUGCACCAAUUUCAGCCCUGAGGGAACCUGCCAUACCUGCAGGACCAGACCAGGCUCUGUCAAGCUCCCAAAGGGCCUCUCCUGCCAGGGCCUCAGCUUCUGCUCCCCAGGUCAACACACGUCCUACCAACAGGCUUCAGGGUGAACUCCAGCCUCUGAUCAACCUUGGAAGAUGCAGGCAGUACAGUCUAAAAAAAAUGGGUAAAGGAAAGCAAAGCAGCAGCAUUCCUCUGAAACAAGCCUGGUAAUUUUUUAGCUAAGAACCUAGAUUUAGCAGUUCAGUUUAAUCCCUUUGUCCUUAAAUGACAGAUCUGCUCCUAUACAGAAGUAAUUCCAGGCCAACUAAUGGUAGGAAACAUUUGCUGUCCCACCUCCCAUAGCCCCAGCAGAGCCAGGACAGUCAGAGAUGCCCCAUGAGCCCAGACGCCUCUGUGCUGUGCACGGGACAGGGACAGUCCAAAUUGUAAAACUGGUUAUCUGUCUUUCCAUAAAUCAGAGACCAGAGCUUUUAUGGUAUUUAUUAACAGAAAGAAUGCAAUCAUUGCUUUCUUGUCACAACAGGUCUUAUUAAUCAUUAGCUACACUAAGUCUUAUAGGUUUAUCUUAAAAAUAGAACUCAGUUUGCUGACAAAACCCAUAAAGAACACUUUCCCUACAAUCUUCAUGGACAAGUUCUGCAAGAAAGAACAACUAUGACAAGCUGUUGUUAUUAUUAUUAUUAUUAUUUAAAUUCUGAUAACAUUUUCAAGUUUAGAAAUAACUUCUUGGAAAAAGUUACAGAAAUAUCUGACUACCACCAGCUCAAAAGGGUGGUUUCUCACUUCUCUGCAAGACAAAGUCAUCCUAGGAAGAACUGCACCUGAAUCCACAGGAAAUUCUCUACAGCCAGAGCCUUGACAGGUAAUUCAUCAUUAUUUGGGAGUGUGCUGGCUACUCACUUGCUCAGUGCAUUUGGAGGUGAUGCAAGAUUUAUGGAGAUGUUGCUGAUCAGUCCAGGGCGUAAUUUUUUAUAUUUUUAUCACAUUUCAAAUAAGGGCUUGAGUUAAAGAUACUAGAGACUAAAUUGUAGUUACAACUAUUUGUAGGAGAAAGAUGACAGAGACAAUUUUUAAAAAUCAAGUUACAAGGUUAGGGCUGCUUUUUCUAACAUUCCUCUGAGCUCACAGAAAUAUUGUCUUUAUAACAUAUGAUUUAUACUAAGUUUUAAUGGAUAUCAUCUCACAGUGCAAGCAGAAGCACUUUUUCAAAAGUGCCUGCUAUAGAGUGAAAUUCAGCAAUUUAAGAUACACAGCUUGUAGCAGCAUGAUUAGACAUCAGCUAGUGCUUUAACUUGCUUAUGAUUGAAAACACUGUUUCACUUAUUUCAGGAUCAGUGAAAUUGACUUUUUAGCACAAAAGUAGUAAAAUAAACUU